UUAUCGGUCGCACUCGCAUACAACUUCUGUCUGUUGAACCUCCACUACGCUUGACGACGACACCCACACAAGUUCAGACAGUCGCAUUUUGCCGGACGAGCACAGUGAACGUGUUUUAUUAAACCCCUACGACACCAAAUAAUUUAGAUCUCUACACAAUGGCCUGCUCAGUGAGUGACUCGCCCUCCCUGAAGGACCUGCCCAAGGUCGCCACGGACCUCAAGAGCCAGCUCGAGGCCUUCAACCCUAGCUGUCUGCGUGACGUCGACACCAACGAGAAGAUCGUCCUGCCUUCCGCGGAAGACGUAGCGCAAGAAAAGCAACACACAGCUCUCCUUCACGACGUAGAACAAUUUCAGCCUUCGUCUCUAAGAAAAACAGACACCGUCGAAAAAAUAGUCCUACCUAAUGCAUUAGAUGUUGCCACUGAAAAAACUCAAAAGUCCCUAUUUGAUGGGAUCGAAAAGUUCGACGCCGCCAGUCUCAAACACACAGAAACACAAGAGAAGAACCCGCUUCCUGAUAAAGAUGUUGUGGCAGCGGAAAAGGCGCACCAGAAUCUUCUAGAUGGAGUAGAACACUUCGACAAAACCCAAAUGAAGCAUACGACGACUGAAGAAAAAAAUCCCUUGCCGCCCAUUGAAGCGAUUGAAGCAGAAAAGGAAAAGAACAAGUUCUUGAAUGGAAUCGAAAACUUUGACCCCACCAAGUUGAAGCACACCGAGACCUGCGAGAAGAACCCUCUGCCCACUAAGGACAUCAUCGAGCAGGAGAAGACGGCCUAAACUACCUUCCAUUAUUUAUCGCAACUAUAUAUCGCUAGUAUCGCCGUAUUUUAGACUCGAUUUAAGAUUUAAUAAGACCAGCUUGCGACGUCCGUUUGUGGCAACACUAAUUGUCUAUGCCUACUCCCCAAAAAGUAAAGCCAGUUAUCAAAAAAAAUAUAACUAUAUCCCCUAAAAAUAUUCUAUAAUCUAAUCUAAUAAAAUAAACGGACUCCGUGAACUGGUUUUUAUCAUUAGAUUGUAGGAACCAAAUUUUCUAUGUCACUUUUAAUGGUAUAUAUAUUAAUAUAUCGGAUAAGUGUAUUUUACGAGCAUUUUAUUUAUUUUUUAAUGGAGAGUAAAUUUUAAGAUUGAGUACUGAUUUUAUUUUAAGUUGGGAACACACUGCACUCCGGAUUCGUAAAUUACUGUAUUCUGCAAUCGCUUUGUGCUGUGUUCUCUAUAUUUUAAACUAGAAAUUGUAAGUAUUUUUUUUCCAUGAGAUUCCACGCGUCGUGCGAUGCCUCUGGUCAAUUUAAUUUAUUAGGAGUGUAGUUACCAAGUCUUUUAAUUUCAAAUUUGGCAAUUCUUUAUCAUUUUAACCCAGAAGUAAGAUUGAAAAUCGUAGGUUUAAUACUAAAUGCUCAACUGCGUAUAUUAAAGCUAAGAUUGUCUAAUUUGUUAGCUGUUAAUUUCCUUGUGAUGAAGAUGAACAAUAAAUUUUUAUACUGUCGUAUUACAUGUAUCCAAAAAUUCAUUUUUUCAAUUUUAUAAGACGCCAACGAUGCCAAUAAAAACGAUUUAUAUCAAAAA